AUGAUUGAAUCUACCUCUUUUACUGUGACUCCAAUCGAGCGAACUCCGGAGCAGAAGUUCAAUUUUGGAGCUCGAGUGACCGGUGUGGAUCUGAACAAUAUAUCAGAUGAAGAUGUCGAUCGUCUCAAGGCCGCUGUUUGGCGUCACAAGGUCAUUGUUGUAAAAGCUCAGCACAAUCUAGAUCCGAAAAAGCAAUGGGAACUGGUGACCCGUCUCGAUCCAAAUGCACGCGAUGGCCAUAGUCACGGUGAUCUGAAGACGUUCCGUGAGAAGGGAGGACUUCUCGCCCAAGGACGAGAGGUCGUCGGAAUCCCUGGAGCGGAGAAUGUGCGCCUCAUUGGCAAGGGCUUUCAAGGAGAAAAUCACUUUGGGAUUGAAAACCACACGAUUGACCGUGGACUCAGUAAUGAUUUCCAUGCUACUCCGCCAUCAAUGGAAGACUUCGAAAACGGCAUUACACGUUUCCAGCGCUGGCAUAUCGAUGCUCCACUCUAUGGAAAAGAUCCCGCAUGGUUCACGACUCUGCGUUGCAUUACCCUUCCCAAAGGGCCCAACGUUACCGUUGAGUGGGCCGACGGGUCGGGCCGAUCCCUAAAGUCACCACCUGGCCAGACUGCAUACUUCAGCACUUCGCAGCUGUACGAAAUGCUUUCUCCCGAAGAACAAGCUCUGGCCGACCACAGUUGGGUCGAAUAUGCACCAUAUCCAUACAAGUGGGUCGGGGCCAGCAAGGGAAAUUCCAAUGGCCUAGGUUUGGCAGAAGGGGGUAAAUGUCUGACGAUGGAAGAGCUGGGAGAUUAUGAUCCGAGUGCUGUCAAAAAGUACCCUUUGGUCUGGGUUAAUCCGUUGACGGGUGAGAAGGCGUUCCAGGUGCAUGGCAUGUGCGCUCAAAAGCUCUAUCUGCGUAAGUCCCAAGACGAGAAACCUCAUGUUAUAGACGAUGUCGCGAAAGUCAGGAAGUUUCUUUUGGAUAUUCAAAAUCGUAUCCUAACGCCCGAGUACGUUCUGUUGGCUCCAGUUGAAGAGGGCGACAUGGCUAUUUGGGAUAAUUAUGGGCUCUUUCACUCGGCUGUUGACUACCCCAUAAGUAUGGGGCCGAGAUCAAUGCACCAGGCAAAUAUCAGUGGCAGCAUUGGUCCGAGGGGUCCCGUGCCAAUUCCAUUGAAGGCUUAA